AUGAAGAAACGACGCGAACAUAGAGGGCUACAACGAGGCUUGUGUUCAAGGCUUGUUAACCGCCUGAACACAAGCCUCAUUAACUGCCUGAAUAAGUGCCAAGGCGACGUCACCCCUGCAAAAGUUAAGAGUUUUGGCAUUCCGAACGCCACCAUAUAUGGAGAGAUCAUCAUCCAGGUUGGCCGUGGCGAAUCAGGCCCCGGGAAAGCAGCCACCGUUUGGUUGUAUAGUGAUUCCGAUAUUGAUCCCGGCACCGGAAAAGGAAAACUUACACAGAAAGCUGUUCUCCAAAAAGGAAGCAUCGAAGAGGAAAUGGACAACAGCUCCUGUGGUAAAGUUCUGCGGUAUGAAGUGGAGUUCAUAAUUGAGCCAGACUUCGGAGCUCCGGGAGCAAUCUCCGUGAAAAACGAGCACAAACACGAGUUUUUCCUUCGAAAUAUAUCUUUGCAAGGAUACAACAACAUAGUUCAUUUCGAAUGCAACUCGUGGCUCUAUCCUUUCCACUUAACCAAACAAGAGCGUGUUUUCUUCCCAAACACGUGUUAUCUCCCGAGCCAAACACCGCCUGCUCUGGUGGAACUGAGAAAAGACGAACUCGUGAGAUUGAGAGGGAAUGGAACCGGAGAAAGACGAAAAUGGGAACAAGUCUAUGAUUACGACUACUACAACGAUCUUGGCAUACCUGAAAGAAGCCCUGAAUAUGGAAGACCUGUUUUAGGUGGAACACAGUCGUUUCCAUAUCCGCGUAGGUUGAGAACCGGCCGCCCUUCAAACAACUAUGAUACUCGAACUGAGAAGCGACUGCAUGGAUGGUUCAAUACGGAUAUAUAUGUACCUCCAGAUGAGCGCUUUAGCCAACAGAAACUCUCUGAAUUCACAACAAACGCAGUAAGGGCUGCUGUCCAUUUUGUGAUGCCUGAAGCAAGAGCGGUCUUCAACCAAGAAACGAGCCAUUUUGAGUCCUUCGAUCAGAUUCAUAGGAUGUUUGUGAGAAACAGAAAUCAAUCGGUUGAUGAAUGGAUGUUGAAGCGUUUAAAACACGAACUGUCAGAUGAUCUUUUCAAGAAGCUAAAACAAGUGAUCACGGAGAAACCUGCUAAGUUCCAGUUGCCUCGGAUUGCAGCAGGGAACCAAUUUGCAUGUAUGGACGACAAUGAAUUUGGACGGCAGAUGCUCGCUGGAACUAAUCCAACUGUAAUUUCAUCUCUGCAGAAUUUCCCUCCAGAAGGCAGCAAUGGAGUGAAGAGUUCGAUAAAAGAAUCUGACAUAGAGCAUAACCUUGAUGGUCUGACAAUCACAGAGGCAAUGAACCAGUGGAGACUUUUCAAGUUAGAUCACCAUGAUUAUCUGAUGCCAUUCUUGACGAGAAUAAACAGAGAUGAGGGUGUAUGUGCUUAUGCAUCACGCACGUUACUCUUCUUGAGAGACGAUUGCACACUGAAACCAGUAGCCAUAGAACUGAGCUUGCCUGGCUCUUUGUACCAUGAGGAAAUCAGCAGAGUUUUACGUCCAGCACAUGAAGGGACAGAAGCUGCCCUCUGGCAACUUGCAAAAGCUCAUGUAGCAGCAGCAGACUCAGUUUACCAUCAUCUAGUCAGCCACUGGCUACAUACACAUGCAGUAGUCGAGCCAUUUAUCAUUGCAACUCAAAGGAAGUUGAGUGCUAUGCACCCCAUUCACCGGUUACUCGAACCUCAUUUCAAAGACACCUUGCAAGUAAAUGCACUGGCAAGGAGCAUGUUGGUAAAUGCUGGAGGAAUUCUUGAAAAGAUACUGUUUACCGGUGACAUCUCAAUGGAGCUCUCAUCAUCUCUAUACAGAAGCUGGAGAUUUGAUGAGCAAAGCCUCCCUGCAGACCUGAUCAAAAGAGGUUUUGCCAGAUAUAACCCGAAUCAGCCAGAAAACAUCGAACUUCUCUUUCAAGAUUAUCCCUAUGGUGCAGAUGGACUUGAUAUUUGGAUAGCCAUAAAAAACUGGGUGAUAGAAUACUGUUCUUACUUCUACGAAGAUGACGCCUCUUUAAGGUCCGACAAUGAGAUUGCAGAGUGGUGGUCGGAGAUCAGAUAUGUCGGUCAUGGGGAUAAGUGCAACGAAACAUGGUGGUAUGAAAUGAAAACUGUGUCUGAACUGAUUGAGACUAUAACAACUCUAAUAUGGACUGUCUCGGCUCAUCAUGCUGCAAUAAGCUUAGGACAGUACGACUAUGCAGGCUAUCCACCAAACCGUCCAACAGCAUGUCGGAAACCUAUUCCAUAUGAAGGGACAAUGGAGUUUGCCGAGCUUCUCAUAGAUCCAGACAAAUAUUUUCUCAGUAUGUUACCUGAAAAGUUUGAGACGGCUCUUGGAAUAGCUGUGAUUGAUGUUCUGUCAAGGCGCUUGUCCGGUGAAAUGAGCUUAGGGCAACAGCCUUCACUGAAAUGGAUAGCAGAUGGAAGGAUACUUCGGAUGUUCGGAAGUUUCAAAGAUGACCUCGAAGAAGUGAAGCAAAGAAUCCAAGUUAGAAACCGAGACCCCAAGCUGAAGAACAGACGGGGGAAAGAUGAUUCCCUGUACGAGCUUCUGUAUCCUGAAACAUCAGUGGUUGGAUCAAGUGAUGGAGUACCGAGAAGUGGAAUUCCCAACAGCAUAUCCAUAUGA